AGGCACAACAGAUUGUUCACCACUACAAUCAUCUAAAGCCUAAAGAUUUAAGCUUAAACGAUAAUGAUAGCCACCAAUGUACAGAUUCAGGCACAGGUCUGUCUAUAUCUCACAAUGAUCCUCAUGACAAGUCAGACUCUGGCCUUUGUGCAUUUUCAGUCAACGUCAAAGACGCACCAGGACAUAACUCGUGAUGCAAUUCUACAGACAACAGCUGAUAUCUGCAAAUUCCUAACAGACCUGAGGGGACAAAAAUUUAAUCUGGCAGAAUUGACUGUAAAGUCAGUAGCAGACGCUUGUUCCUCUUCUGAUUCAGGCAAAGAUUUUCAAAUCAGCAUCGAUAAGAUAAAUAGUCACAAUGCCCAGGUCGAUGUUGACCAAGAAUUUAGUCCACAGUACCAUUUUGAUAGCGAGUCAUUUCAGUCUGGACGGGAUCUUAUUACUAAAGGAAUUUAUGCCGUCAAACAAAGUGUGGAGCAGCAGAGCUAUGAAACUGCCAGGACGGAACUUGGUAAAAUCUUACACACUUUGCAGGAUUUCUACAGUCAUAGUAACUGGAUUGAACUGGGAAAGACAGAACCUUAUUCCAACCUGAUUAAACCUGACACCCCAAUUAACAACAUAGCAGAUUCAGAAACAUGCAGAAAUUGCAAUAGUGAUGUCUGCACAGGAAACAUCCUGGAUAAGGUCAUUGCACAGCAAAAACUAACAUCAGGGUACUCUGGAAUUUUUAAACCAAAAGGAAAGUGCAGCCAUGGAGGAACGUCUGAUUUAACAACUUGGGGGCAAGGUGGCAUAAAUAAGGAUGAAUUAACAUCCAGUCAUGGUCAUCUACAUGAAGCAGCAGCAUCAGUGGCCACUGCUGCAAGCAAAGAACUACUGCAAGAUAUUCGAGCAACAGUUGGAGAUUCUAAAUUUCUUAGACUGAUGGGACUCAGCCAAGCAUUAGUGUUGUGUUUUGUUAUUGACACUACUGGCAGCAUGUCUAAUGACAUUGCCACGGUCAGAUUCAACACUUCAUCCAUCAUUCACAGUAGGAUAGGCACUGCAGCUGAACCUUCAGAAUACAUCCUGGUGCCAUUUAAUGACCCUGGUUAUGGGCCACCCAUAAGAACAGCUGAUCCUAAUGUGUUUGAACAACUAAUCUAUAACCUUACAGCUGCUGGUGGCGGAGAUGAACCUGAAAUGUGUCUCUCAGGACUCCUGUUGGCCCUCAUUGUAGCUCCACCCCAGACUGAGAUUUUUGUCUUCACGGAUGCUGGGGCAAAAGACACAUGGUUAAAUAACACUGUCCAAGCACUGAUUGAAAAAACAAAGUCUAAAGUGUCAUUUAUGCUAACUAAUGCCCUUGGCCCUGGACGUCGCAGAAGGAGUGCCAGUGCUAUAGAUGGCAAACAGCAAGUCUCCACUAGGAUAUUAAAUCCAUCUAACCAGCUCUACCAGAACCUGGCUCAGGCCUCUGGAGGGCAAGCAAUUGAGGUCACUAAAGCCACCCUGGGCCAAGCUACUGACAUUAUAGCAGCUACCUCCAUAUCUACGCUGGUUACUCUUUUUCAGGCCAUAAGAAACCCAGCCAAAGCGGAAAACUUCUCAGUAUUUGUGGAUUCUUCUGUGCAAAACCUGACAAUUUACAUUACAGGCACCUCUCCAAAAUUUCUAAUUACCAGUCCCUCAGGAGUGUCACAAAGCAGUGCUGAACUAAAUGGGCCAUUGGGCCUAAUAAAGAAAGUUGGUAACUUUUAUACUGUACAACCAAAUAUCUCAGCUCAGACUGGUCUGUGGCUCUUCAGUAUUAACUCAACACAGCUUUACACCAUCAGAGUUGUUGGUCAAAGCAAGAUUGACUUCAUUUUUGACUUUGUAGAACUUUUCCACGGUUCUCAUCCAAGCUAUGCUGUAUUAAACAGCAGGCCUGCAGCAAACAAUAACCUUACCCUGUUGGUCUCCAUGAUUGGCGGGGACAGCGUAACACCCACAGCAGUGUCUUUGGUUGAAGCCUCAAGUUCAAACUCAUUUAAUGGGACACUAGAAAAAGUUAAUAGUGGUCAAUACUUGGUGACCUUCAACAGCACCCCAGGAGGAGAGUUUACUGUUCGUGUAACUGGACAAAUCGGUACCUCUAAAACUUUGGAUAACACCUUUCAGAGACAAAUACCAACUCAGUUUCAAACAUCACCUGUAACCAUUACUACUCAACCUGUUGGAACAGUGGAACCAGGAAAACAAUUCACUCUGCCUUUCACAGUGGCAACCACAGGCUCUGGAGGAAGCUUUAAUAUCAGUGUCAGCAAUGAUCGCAGUUUUAACACUCUCUUUAACACGUCCCUAACUCUCGAGAGUGGAGGCAGUGCGAAUGGUACAGUAGCUCUGACUGUUCCUGCAAAUGCUUCCUCUGGAACUGAUGUAACUGUGACAAUUCAAGCUGAAGCUCCUGGUGGAAGCAACUUCAAUUAUGCAGUGCUGCGUCUUGCUGUCAUCGCUCCGGUAACAGAUUUAUCUUCUCCAGUGUGUGAGGCAGUAAGUGUAAAUGCUAACUGUUCAGCCAAUUGCAGUCUUUCCUCAUGGUCUCUCACCACUAAUGUGACAGAUGGAAAUGGAUCAGGCGUACAAAAUAUAAGAAUCCUCCAGGGAAACGGCAACCUCACCACCACCACUGUGCUCAGUGACAAAGGCGUGAAUGUCACUAUGGUUGUCUACAACUCCUCUUGCUGUUCCCCAGACCUGGAACUGGUUGCUGUGGAUAAAGUGGGAAAUGUUGCCACCUGCUACAAAACUGUAAGAGCUACAGCACCGAUCACUAGCACUGUACCCCCUGUAAUGGCAAACAGCACCUCAACUAUUAAUACAACUACAACAGCCACGUCUCGUCCCACCACGAGCAAAGCCAGCAUUAUAAACGUAGAAUGUUGCUCGUUUUUGCCACUCUUCCUUUGUUUUAACGUAUGUGUCUCGCUUUACCAAUUAAUGCAGCACUAAUUGCAGAUCAAAAGAAAUCAUCUAAAUUUUACUUUAGUUUGAUAUAUGUAGACCCACAAAAUGCCUAUUAAGUAGUGCUUUUAUCUUUUAGUGUGUCUUGUUAGUCUUACUUAAUCCCAAAAUGUAACUGCUUUCACUUUAAUGACCCAGCAUUAAAUACUAGUACUAGAGGCACAAAAUGAU